UCCGCUUGUGAUCUGUGAAGAAAAAGAAAAGUACUGGACAUGAGUGAGCAUGCGGUAACCUACUCGGAUGUGAAAUUUGAUCGGUCUAAAAGGAAGAAACCUGGAAAGAAAGAGAAACCAGGGACCCUGCUAUUACAGGAGGAAACAACAACUUAUUCUGAGCUGAAGUUUCAGAACCUGCCUGAGCAGCAGAGAAGCACGAGAGCUGAGGAGAAAGAGGGCAGAGGGACUGGGGGCAGCCCAAGCCCUCGGAGGAGAAAUAAAGAUCCUUCAGCUACACCUCUUCAAUGGCAGCUUGCCACCCUUGCUCUUGGGAUUCUCUGCCUGAUUUUAUUGAUAGUAGCAGGAGUUUUGGGUUACAAUGUGUGUCAGCCGGGCACAGAGCAGGAAAACCCCGUGAUGGAAGGGGACCACCACACCUCUAAGCCAACGUCCUACCAAAAACCCAGCCUGCCGGGAACAUUGAGAAAGCAGCCCCAGGACACAGGGGAGAAGUGUCCAGUGCUCUGGACUGCCAAGCAGGACAGGUCCUACCUUUUUUCUCCUAAAAGAGGAACUUGGAAUCAAUGUAAUUCCUCCUGCACUUCUCAAUCUGCCGAGCUGCUCAAGACAGAGACUAAAGAAGAGUUGAGUUUCAUCACCACAAGGUCUUAUGAAUAUGCUGAAGAUCGUGGAAGUAGUACAUACUACUACCCAUUCUGGAUUGGAUUGUCGUUUGACUUCAGAGAAGGAACGUGGGUCUGGGCGGAUGCUUCAGCUCUUUCCUCUGGCUUGUUUGUGCUCUCAGAUCCCAGUCCUCAGAAUUAUCCGGGUGGAGCUUGUGCAUAUUUGCAAGGUAAUAAAGUUAAAGCUGGAGGCUGUGGAGACCCUCGAUUCUGCAUUUGUGAGAAGAAGAAGGAAGCACAAAGUAAAUAUUAAUGUGAUUAAC